AUGUCCUCUGACAAAGGGAAGGCUCCCGUUAGACGUAAUCCACCUCGAAAAGUAAACGUACAGGCCCAUAGUGCGGAAAUGUUCUGCCGCCGCCGGCUGAGAGAGCCAAAGCGACAGAUCCCGUCACUUUGGCGCCAUCAAGGAGCAGAUAUUCCUAUAGGUGAUGCGUCCGAGAUAUUCGGGGACAAAGAGAAGUGGGCAUCAGCGAGUGUGAAGCUAGAUCCGCUGGCAGUAAUCGGAAAAGUGUUCGAUAGUUCACCUACUAAAAAGCACAUCCACGUCGUUAUCGAGAUCGCGACAG